AUGCGUCUUGAUGAGAGGUACGUUCUGUACUUGCAGAUGGCCGGAUUGUACCAUCUUGCGAGACUGAACGACAGAUGGUUCCGACUAGACGAACCCCUAGUCAGCGCAUUCGUCGAGAGGUGGCGGCUUGAGAUGCACACCUUCCACAUGCCGUUCGGAGAGUGCACCAUCACGCUUCAGGACGUUGCAUACCAGCUAGGAUUGCCAGUGGACGGACAUUACGUCAGUGGUUGCCUGACGGACUUCCACCUGUACAUUGAGGGUGGGAGGCCAGCUUGGCAGUGGUUCCAUGAGUUGCUCGGUGUUUUACCUCCCGAGAACCAGGUUCAGAAAUUCGCAGUCAAUUGCACCUGGUUCCAGGAGACAUUUGGAGAGUGUCCCGACGGGGCUGAUGAGGAGACAAUUAGGCGCUUUGCCCGUGCCUAUAUCAUGAUGUUAUUGGGCACGCAGCUGUUUGCCGACAAGUUCGGCAAUCGUAUACACAUCAGAUGGCUACCCUAUGUUGCUCGGCUUGAGGAGAUGGGUGGCUACAGUUGGGGGUCGGCGGCACUAGCAUGGUUGUACCGGUGCAUGUGCCGAGUCGCCAACAGACAUGUUGUGAAGUUAGCUGGGCCUUUACAGUUACUGCAGUCUUGGAUCUUCUGGAGGUUUCCUUCAUUUAGGCCCACUGGGUAUGAUGAGAUUAGCUGGCCCCUUGCCUCGAGAUGGUCUGGUUACAAUCCUGGGAUUAGCAACAAGGGACCUCGGGUACAGAUGGCUCGCCUGAAGAUCGACUUGUUACAGCCUCGGGAUCACACUCGACGUUAUCCAGGUUGUCCAUCCGGAGGUCUUGGAGCCGCGUCAUACGAUGUUAUGGCGGUGUGUGACGUCCCUGAUUUAUUUUGCGGUGGUCGAGUGGCAUCAGGUUGA